ACUCUCCUCACAUGUUACAGCAGCAAGCAUGGGGAAGACUGGAACACCGGGUGGAAAGAUCAACAGACCCAAAACAGAGCUGGGGAAGAAGCUCUUCAAGCGGCGGAGGAAUCUGACCCGUGAGAAGAGGAAGAGACACAUCAAGGUGGGAGCUGUGGUGGACAAAGGACUCACCACCAUCCACCAUCUCAGGAAGAGAAACUCCAGCCCCAGGGCCAACAUCACUCUGUCCGGGAAGAAGAAACGCAAGCUGCUGAAACAGCUGCAGCACAUGGAAGCGGAGAAGGCCGCUAUGGAAGUUGAGGCACCAAACAAGACAAAGAAGGCAGCAGUCCCAAAGAAGGCAGCAGUACCACCACCAGCAGCAGCAGCAGUCCCAGUCCCAGCAGCAGCAGUCCCAGUACCAGCAGCAGCAGUCCCAGUACCAGCAGCAGCAGUCCCAGUACCAGCAGCAGCAGUCCCAGCAGCAGUCCCAGUCCCAGCCAGACACCAGAAAGGGUGUGUGUCCCGGGGGGAUGUGGAGAUGGCCGAUAUGGAAUGAGAAGAGGACUAGAGGAGGAUGAGAGGCUGUUCUGCUUCUGUUGACUCCAGGCCAUAAAACCAGGCCCCAUAUUCAUAAAGCCACUCAGAUUAGGACUGUUGAUCUAGGAUCAGUUUAGCCUUUUUAGUCCUAAUGAAUAUGAUUAUAUGGACAGAUCCGAGAUCAGCACUCCUAAUAUCAGACCCAUGAAUACAGGCCAGGGCACUGCCUUGUGUUUGUGGAUCUGAACGGACAGCAUGGGGGGGGGAUUGUUUUCUCCCCACUACAAAAUGAGGAAUGAAUGUGGAAUCCGAUCUGGAGUCAGUGGCCUUGUUUUAAACAUGGAGGAAGUUGUGGCGACGUCCCAAAAUGCCCCCCCUUUUUCCCUCUGUAGUGCACUACUUUAGACCAAGGCCCAUGGGAGUCUUGUUAAAAGUAUUGAGUUGUAUUGGGGAAAGGCACCGUUUGGGAUACAACCCCAUGACUGCAGCCUCCCUUCAUGCCUGUAGGUAAACCAAGGUGACACAUUAACAUGGAAAUAUGAACUUGAAUACAGCAGCGUGGGGGGGAAAUAUCAUUAUACACAGUAAUACAAAAAGGUUGGUAUUUCAGACUUUUCAUUUGACCUAGCUACACACAGAUAGGAUAUGUAACAGGAAAGGGUUGGGUUGGCCUACAUACAGACAGGAAAUGUAACAGGAAAGGGUUGGGUUGGCCUACAUACAGACAGGAAAUGUAACAGAAAAAGGGUUGGAUUGGCCUACAUACAGACAGGAAAUGUAACAGGAAAGGGUUGGAUUGGCCUACAUACAGACAGGAUAUGUAACAGGAAAGGGUUGGGUUGGCCUACAUAUAGACAGGAAAUGUAACAGGAAAGGGUUGGAUUGGCCUACAUCUAGCCAGGAGAAGAUGUAAUGCUAUUUAGUUGAAGAAACAUUGCUCCUAUAUUUUCAGUUGUUAAUUUGAGUGGUGUUAUGACAGGUGAGGUAUUGUUAAUUGUUCAUCACAGACCAGUCUCAACUGCUCUGUCUAAGCACAUCCCAAAUGGUACCCUAUUCCACUACUAGUGCACUGUAUAGGGAAUAGGGUGCUGUUUAGUACUGUCUGUCUGGCUCAGCCUACAGCCCCACAGGCUGGUUCAUGUUGGGUCUGACAGUGACAGUGUGACCCAUAAUCAGUGCCAUCUUUAAACUCCAUAAAUGGAUGGUUUAAUCUGUAUUGUCUUUUCUGAUAUAAACACAAUGUGACAUCAAAAACAA